GGAACCAUGGAACGGAAGGUGUCAUACAAGCAUGGCCGCGAUGUGAUGUUGAACGCAUCAGGACAGGAAUGGGGUACUCGAUUUAAAAAUACAGAAGAAACUGACCUCUCGCUGGUAGUUUUGCGUAGCCACUAUAAGGGGCAAGAAUAAAAAAUGCCUCGCUAUGCGCAGCUGGUGAUGGGCCCGGCCGGGAGCGGAAAAAGCACCUACUGUUCCACUAUGAUCCAGCACGCGGAGGCCAUCAACCGGUCAGUGCAGGUGGUGAAUCUGGACCCCGCGGCCGAAUACUUCGACUAUCCCGUGAUGGCAGACAUCAGGGAGCUGAUCCAGGUGGAUGAUGUCAUGGAGGAUGACUCCCUGCGGUUUGGGCCAAACGGAGGCCUGGUCUUCUGCAUGGAGUAUUUCGCCAACAACUUUGACUGGCUGGAGGAGUGCCUGGGGCAUGUUGAGGACGACUACAUCCUGUUCGACUGCCCCGGUCAGAUUGAGCUGUACACCCACCUGCCGGUGAUGAGGCAGCUGGUGGAGCAGCUGCAGCAGUGGGAGUUCCGUGUGUGUGGGGUCUUCCUGGUCGACUCCCAGUUCAUGGUGGAGACCUUCAAGUUCGUCUCCGGUGUCAUGGCAGCCCUGAGUGCCAUGGUAACCUUGGAGAUUCCACAGGUCAAUAUCAUGACCAAGAUGGACCUGCUCAGUCAAAAGGCCAAGAAAGAGAUUGAAAAGUACUUGGACCCAGACAUGUACUCUAUGAUGCAGGAUAACGCCCUCACUCUGAGGAGCAAGAAGUUUGAGAAACUCACCAAAGCCAUCUGUGGCCUGAUUGAGGACUACAGCAUGGUGCGCUUCCUGCCUUUUGACCGCACUGAUGAGGAGGGUAUAAACAUCGUUCUGCAGAACAUUGACUUCUCCAUCCAGUACGGAGAGGACCUGGAGUUCAAGGAGCCAAAGGAACCCGACGAGGAUCCCGAGCCCUCCGGAAGUGAGCAGUUCUUCCAGGAUUAAGCGGACGGCUGACGCGAGACACCGCAAGAGAAUGAGAAAAGUCAACAGGCUGCACAUUUUUAGGAACAACAUCUGGACAUUCAAACGUACAUGCGCAGUUCUCAGUUCGCUAAUUUUAAUAAACUCUCGAUUAAUUCGACGGAGCGAGGCAGCACGCGCAGUGACCGUUAGAAGGGGAAAUGUAUAAUUUCAUUCACGUUCUCCUGCGGUUGUUAAUUUAUUCACCGGGAUUUGUUGUCUUUGUGUUCCACAUUCACCACUUUAGAUGUACUUAUCAUUUUGUUUGCUUUGCUUUUUCCCCUUGGCUGUAGUUUUAUUUUUGUUGUUUUUACUUAUUGUGUCGUUUUAACUUUGCUAUCCGAAGAAUGUCUCCAGUGUUUGGUUUUAGUUUCAGGUUUCAAGUCUAGAACCAUUUAAGUCCCAGAUACAUUAAAGUGGUAUGUCAAAUUCCAGGAAAGAAGUCAUUUUUUGUUCUUGAUUUGCAAAUGUAAAUGUCUGUAAUAUAUUUUUAAAUAAAAAAACAAUAAAUUCA